AUGCUGGCCCCUUCCUCCCUCUGCGGAUGCAGUGCCGUGCGCAACGGCCCGUUUCCCCACGGGCGACAGCUGCUGCUCACGCCAUCACGUUACGUUUACAACCGCUCAAAAAACAGCGCACAAGCAUUUGAUAGUACACAUUUCAUGGGAGAGAAGGUUCUUGUGCUUAGCGAGGAGGAACCGCUACGCGUAAAUCAGGAAGAGAGCAUUCGGAGUAAGCUGCUGGACGAGGCGGCAAUGAGAUCAGACCGGGAUUCUGACAUGAACAUGCCAACGGUUGUUGCAGGAAAGGAGUACGUAGGGGCAGUUCACACUUCUGUGAAGAUUCAUACUGGUGAUUUGCUGUUUGUUCCUGAGGACGGCAGCGAGAGUGACUUGCAGGUCUUCAGUGCUCAGCAGCAGAUUGAAGGAGGCGGUGGUGGCCACGAGGGGGAGGCUGCCAGACAUCCGCCCUCAGCACGUCUCCCCGACCCCCCGACCUCACCCCCUUCCUACCUCCGCCCUCAGCACGCCUACCCCGAUUCCCGCCCCACCCCCUUCCUACCCUGCCUCGCUCCUUCUCUGCCCUCGGUUGGAGCAGUUAAUGCAAGUGAAGAAUCAUGUGAGUCAAAUAAUAUGAUGGUAUACGUGGAUUUUUGA